AUGGCAAACUUGCAAUUGCUGAAUCGCAGUGAGGUUCGCAUCAAUACGAGUGCUAGCACAAUCUUAAUGGACAAUCUCCGUCAGUUGAUCAAUCGAUUGAAUUUUACACUUGAAGAGGAUUACUCAUUAUUGGUUAAGGUGUACCGACAGCUUCCGUCUGAAAUUGGUUUGCUCUUCAUCGCCCAGAAAGUGUGCUUGCGCAAGGCGAACAACGACAACGAAUACCUUUAUGAGUGCUCAGGUCCCUUGAAUAUGUGCACCAAAACGCGAAACCAAGAAUAUGCGUCUUUCGUGGUUAAACGCCAACACAAUGAUGCCAACAAUAGGACACAGUUUGCCUUCCAGAAUCCAUAUUGGGAUGAUCGGUAUUUAGAACUCUGGACCGACGGAAACGUGUACAGCUCGAGCAAUAUCUACUGGUUGCAUGUGAUGCCUGUGCAAGACGGCGUGGCAAUCUACGAUGCUGCCACAUCGACUUCGAUGAUCUGUGGCGGCGACCCAGCGCAUUGGUCGGGAAAUCUACAUUAUGCAUACGUUCUCCGUGCAGAGGAUUUUGAUGCCCAUCGAGACGAAUGCACUUGGAUCAUCGAAGACUGCAGCUAUUAA